AUGAAGGAGACCGACGUCGAGCUGUCGAGCUAUCCUGUGGAUGACAAGGCAUCGGCCUCUGUUGACGAUGGCACCGCUUCUGAGCCGGCGCAAGAGCAGCCAAAGGCUCGGCCUCAGAGACUAGCAUCGUUUAAAGAUUACUUGCGAGUCUUUCAAUAUGCGACGAAAUGGGACUUCUUUGCGUACGCGGCGGGCAUCUUGGCUUCUAUCGGUGCUGGUAUCACGUUGCCGUUGAUGAAUGUAGUCUUUGGUAUGUCUUUAAUGAUCUGCUUCUUCUUACACCCAUUUCUGUCAUCCCAUGUUGCCGUGUUCUUAUACAUGUUUGCUCUCUUUCUCGGCCGAUUAGGACUCAACUAUAUCAACAAGUUUGCCUUUCGAAUGAUUGGAAUUAGGAUAUCUUCGGCGAUUCGGUUGCACUACCUGACAGCACUGCUUGGCCAGAGCAUCCAUGUUCUGGACUCGAUGCCGCCGGGCUACGCGACGACAACAAUCACCUCGACCAGCAACGUUCUUCAGCUUGGCAUUUCGGAAAAGCUCGGUGUCUUUUUCGAGUACAAUGCGACAAUUGUUGCUUCCAUCAUCAUUGCGUUUACCCGAAACUGGGCUCUCACGCUGGUUACGUCUUCGACCAUCCUCUUCAUUGGACUCUCUGUCUCUGUAUUGAUGCCUCUUAUUGUCAAAGGCCACGGACGAGUGUCACAGGCCGAAGCGAAAUCCUCUGCCGUUGCGAGUGAGACCUUUGCUAGUAUUCGCAUGAUUUCAGCGUGCGGCGCGGAGAGCCGUAUGGCGAAAAAGUAUGGAAUAUCUGUCGAGGAAGCAAAAAUGCAUGCCCAGCACACAUCUCCAUUCCUUUCUCUGCAGUUUGGAUUGAUCUUCUUCAGCGUAUUCUCGGCGUUUGCGCUGGCAUUCUGGUAUGGAACCAAGGAAAUAGCUGAGGGGCAUGCCAAUAAUGUUGGAACAAUUGUCAUCGUUUUAAUGUCUGUGAUGAACGUUGUUUUCUCGCUGGAACGAACGACCACCCCCAUGUUGGCUGUUAGCAAAGCUACAGUUGCAGCCUGCCAGUUCUUUACUGUUAUAGACGCACCCCAGCCAGAAAAGGGUCAUCUUACAGAUCCCGAGGUCUCUGCCACAGACGACAUUGUAUUCGACAAAGUCACCUUUGCGUAUCCAAGCCGUCCUCAUGUCAAGAUCCUAGACGAGCUGGAUCUCCGCAUUGAGGCAGGCAAAAUUAACGCCAUUGUCGGUCCAUCGGGAUCAGGAAAGAGUACCGUUGUCGGAUUGAUAGAAAGAUGGUAUACGCUCAAGCACCAAUACGUUAUCGAAGAGGCCGUGGAACCGGAAAAGAAGAAGAAGAAGAAGAAGAAGGCGGGCGAGGCUGAGGAAGAGCUUGAGGCCCCGAAAGUGGAAGACACCGGCCCACCAGUGAAGCUCAGCGGCACACUCACAACGUGCGGACAUGCUCUGGAUGACAUCCAUCUGAAGUGGUGGAGAUCUCAGAUUGGACUGGUCCAGCAGGAGCCCUUUCUAUUCAACGACUCGAUAUACAAAAACGUGGCGAAUGGCCUCAUUGGCACGGAAUGGGAGAACGAGCCGGAAGAAGUAAAGAGGAAAUUGGUCAAGGAAGCGUGCAUUGAAGCAUUUGUUGAUGAGUUUGUUGACAAGCUUCCACAGGGCUACGAUACCUUAGUUGGCGACAGUGGUGCUAAACUCUCUGGCGGCCAGCGUCAACGUAUUGCCAUCGCUCGGUCCAUCGUUCGAAAGCCAAAGAUCCUUAUUCUAGACGAAGCGACAAGUGCGAUCGAUGUUCGAGGAGAACGCAUUGUCCAGGCUGCUCUCGACCGCGUGGCACAGAAUCGGACAACAAUCACGAUAGCUCAUCGUCUGUCCACCAUCAAGAAGGCCGAUCGAAUCAUUGUCAUCAAGAAGGGAAAAGUUGCAGAGCAGGGUAACCACGAGAGCCUUAUUGCCUUGGAAGGUGGUGUCUAUGCUGGCCUCGUACAAGCUCAGGCACUCUCACUAGGAAAUGCGUCACAGGCCGAAGAAAGCGAUGACCCGACGGAUAGCGAUGACAAUCUGACUCGCGAGAAGAGCCAGGCUCUUUAUGAAGCCACAGCUCAAACUGAUAGCAGCAGCACCGAAAAAGAACGCAACAUUUUCAGCAGUUUUGGCCGCCUCUUCUAUGAGACUAAUACCUACUGGUACUUGAUGUUUAUAACAUUGAUCUUCACCGCCUGUGCCGGCGCGGCAACUCCGCUGCAAGCCUGGCUCUUUGCAAAACUCAUUGUGGUAUUCGAAUUCACUGGCCAAAAGCUUCUUCAUGAAAGCCGGUUCUGGUCCUUGAUGUGGUUCGUGCUGGCUAUCGGUGUUGGAAUCUCUUACUUUGGAGCGUUUUUAGCUUCCACUCGAAUGGCAUCAAUCAUUCGAGCCAAGUAUCAGCAGCAGUAUUUCGAGGCCAUCCUUUACCAAAAGACUUCGUAUUUUGAUCACGAGGACCACUCUCACGGCACCAUGACGGCUCGCGCCGCAGGAGAUCCUCAGCGGCUGGAGGAGCUCAUGGGUGCCAACAUGGCCAGCGUCUACAUUGCGCUUUUCAACCUCACUGGAUCAAUCAUCAUCUCUUUCUACUUUGGCUGGAAACUGGCCUUGGUCGGUGUCGCUGUCGUCAUGCCCAUUCUUCUUGCCUCGUCGUACUGGCGCUUUAGGUAUGAAUUGCAAUUCGAAAAGAUGAACAACGAAGUCUUUGCCGAAAGCUCCAAGUUUGCUUCCGAGUCAAUUGGUGCUUUUAGAACCGUUACGUCGCUUACUCUGGAAACUCCCAUCACGGACCGUUUCAAAACACUCUGCGAUGGCCACGUUAAGACGGCGUUCAAAAAAGCCCGCUUCGCCAGCUUUCUCUUUGGAUUCGCCGACAGCUGCACAUUGGCCUGCCAAGCGCUCAUCUUCUACUAUGGAAGCCGCCUGUUGGCGAGCGGCGAGUACAAGCCUGAAAACUACUUUGUCUGCUUCAUGGCCAUCAUGAACGCCUCGCAGUCUGCCGGUCAGAGUUUCGGCUUUGGCCCUAAUGCGGCACAAGUAACGGAAGCUUCGAACCGCAUCUUGAACACGAGAGAGACAAUGUUCCGAGACAAGAGCUCUGGAGGAGGAAACGAGAUCCCAGACGUGGAAGGAGGUGUGAAGAUUGAGCUCAAGGACGUGCAUUUCAAGUACCCGACUCGAGACAUGGCAGUCUUCCGCGGGCUGAACUUGACGAUUGAAAAGGGCCAGUUUGCGGCUCUUGUGGGAUCGUCUGGGUGUGGCAAGACGAGCAUCAUUUCACUUCUUGAACGUAGAUUCUACGAUCUCGAUAAGGGCCGCAUUCUAUGCAACGGCCAAGACAUCGCUGAUGUCAACGUCUUUGACUACCGCAAAUACCUUUCACUCGUAGCACAAGAACCAACCCUAUUCCAAGGCACUCUCAGAGACAACAUCAUCCUUGGCGUCGACGACGCCACCACCACCGAUGAACAGAUCCACCAAGCCUGCCGCGACGCCUCCAUCCACGACUUCAUCGUCUCCCUCCCCGAAGGCUACAACACAAACAUUGGCUCCCGCGGCGUUUCCCUCUCAGGAGGCCAGAAGCAGCGCGUUGCCAUUGCCCGCGCCCUGAUCCGCAAGCCAAACAUCCUGCUCUUGGACGAGGCCACAAGCUCGCUCGACUCGGAGAGCGAAAAGCUCGUGCAGGCGGCGUUUGAGCGCGCCAGCAAGGGACGCACCAUGGUUGUGGUUGCUCAUCGGCUGGCGACGGUGCAGAAUGCAGAUGUCAUUUUUGUGCUGGGCGAGGGCCAGCUUCUGGAGCAGGGCAGUCAUAUGGAGCUGUUGAAGAAGAAGGGAGUUUACUGGAACAUGUGUCAAAGUCAAGCUUUGGACAGGUAA